AUGGCCGCACUACAGACCCACUGCCUUCUUCAACCUUCAUGCUUUAUACCGUCGCGGCUCCCGCCGUGCCGAGGAAGAUGGCGAGCAAGCCUUCAGUCUCUUCCAAAACUUCAAUCUCUCAUCCCAUUUGAAGAACUUACCAUGUUAACAGGACAAUCGACCAUCAAGAGGAACAAGUUGGUUGCUCAUGACAAGGAAGAGCAGAACAAGAGCUUAAUCAUCGCCAAGCUUCUUGCCAUCGCCGAGGCCGCCGCAGACCGCGCAGAAAUGCAUGCCAUCAUCGGCGAGCAGCGCAACAAUUGGAACCACCUCUUCCUCCAUUCUAUCAAUUCCAUCAACCUCACCGCCUCUCUCAUGGCUGCGAUCGCCUCCAUCCCUGAAAUAGCAGCAUCCCAACCCCUCAACCUCUCCUCCGCCGUCCUCUUCACUUCAGCUGCCGGACUGAUGCUUCUCGUCAACAAGAUCCAGCCUUCGCAGCUUGCAGAGGAGCAGCGGAACGCCGCCCGACUCUUCAAAAUGAUGAUGCUUUUGGCUGCAUUGAAGGAUAACCCAAAUAAUUCUUUGAAAGGUUUUAACAGCUCAGCUUCGGCGUCAUACUACCGGGGUAGGAGGAACUUCAGGCUCAUGAAAAGAUGUCCGGUUGGCCACCAUAAGGAGGUGGGCUUAGUUGACUAA